CAUGAAAUUGGUAUAGACUUCUCCAAGUCACCGUGCCCACCAUGGCGGGGUACGAUCAGCGGAUCGCGUAUCAUGCGAAGCACUUUGGAGCCCACGUGGCUCCUGAGAAGGUUUUGCAUCGCUACGCGCAACGGCUGGAGAUGUCCCCAGAGAUGGGCGAAGUGCAGAGGAAUGCUUUCCACGUAGCAUCUUGGCUUGUGAUGCUUCCACCAGAGCAGGCUCUGGUUCAUCAUGGAGACUGCUCAGCAGCGCUGCUCCUGGCUCGCCAUUUGGAGCUCAUGAAGGGUGCUGAAGAUCUUUCUGCUCGACUGAGCUGGGUGCUUCAUAGACUGCAGGAGGCUGCAUUUUUCAAUGAAGAGGUGGACCCACACUGGAGGGUCCUUGCGACUCAACUCCGAAUUCUCUUUGCAUCAACUGCAGUGGCAGAUGAUCCACUCCAGCACCCUGUACAGAGUACAGCACCUGCAGAGAGCAAAUCAGCCCGCUUGAUGAACAAAGCGGUACAAAUAUGGAAGAACCACACCGACGCAACAGACCAAGAAGCUUAUGUAGCAUCUUUGGAGGCCUCACUCAGCGCGGGAAGCGAUGCGGCUCAAAUCCGACAGGUACUUCGGCGCGCCGUUGCUGCGUUGUCGCCUCCGCGCUUGUGGAACGGCAGUCAAAAUCUUGCAGGCAAUGAGGAAGGGGGGAUGUUUGCAUAUCAAAGUCUUCAAGGUCGGCUUCGGAAAGUGGUGCUUUGGUGCUUGCAUCGCUUAGAUCUAGCUGACUGUAAGGCAAAGCCUGCACUGGAGCUCCUGGAGUCAUUGCUUCAGCGAUUUCAGAAGCUUCUCUUGGAAGGGCAGCGACAGAUUGGUGGCAAGAAGCAGCAAGUUCGAACAGCAAGAGGCGCCAGAUCAACUGUGAACAUGGCACUCAGUUGCACAACUGCCGACUCUGCAGACCCUGCCCUCAUGGAAAGGCCAAGCGCUUGUGUGCUCCUUGUAGCGGAUGUCCACAUGGAAAGGUCAAGAAGAACUGCAUCACAUGUAGCGGGUGCCCACACGGCCGAGUAAAGCGAAGUUGCCCGGAGUGCUCUGGAUGUUCGCAUGGUAAGGCAAAGCGCAGCUGCCGUUUAUGCAACAUUUGCCCGCAUGGCCGGGACAAGUACAGGUGCAAGUUGUGCAAACAGCAACGGCUACAAGAAAAGACAACCAACAGCGCAAAGCAGUG